CCCGCCCAACAUCGGCUCAGCCGUGACCGCAUCCCGGCCCGGUCAGUCACGUGGCCGGGCCCCAGCUGAGUCAGACACGGGUGACCGGACCCCGGCCCGGUCAGACACGUGGCCGGACCCCAGCUGAGUCAGACACGUGUUACCGGACCGCGGCCCGGUCAGACACGUGGCCGGACCCCAGCUGAAUCAGACACGUGUUACCGGGACCGCGGCCCGGUCAGACACGUGGUCAGGCCCCAGCUGAGUCAGACACGUGACCGGACACGGCCGGCCUCCGGAGACAUGCAGCAGCUGGGGCAGUGGCCCAGCACCAACGGCCACACCGACACGCUGGUCGUGACCACAUUCCACAACCCGCCGUUUACGCUGGUGGACCCGGCUCGGCCGAACCAUGUAACCGGCUACCUGGCUGACCUGAUGCAAGUGCUGGCCUACGCAGUCGGCGUCUCCGUGGUGUACGACACUGACAACGCUCCGGGGGCGUUUGGCUUGCGGCGAGAGGACGGCACCUUUACUGGUCUCGUCGGCAAGCUGGUCAAUAAGACGGCGCACGUGGGCCUGGCUCCGAUGAUAUGGAGUCUCAGACGGCAGGAGGCGGUGGACUUCAUGGGCAAGGUGCCGAUCGCCGCUGGGAGGCGCAGUUUCCUGGUACCGGGGCGCCCCCUAGUCAGCAUGGACAACAUCGGCGCUCUUCUCACGCCCUUCGACGCCAGCGUUUGGAUCUGCCUCGUGUGCGGGAUGCUGUUAGCUACUUUUCUGCUACGGGUCACCGUGACCUUGACCCGACCUCGGAGCGAAGAGGAUGAUCAGACGUUCGGCAUUGUCUCCAGCCUGCUGCACAUCCACGCCUGCAUAGUGCAACAGGGCUGGUCCUCCACGCCCAGUCGAGCCUCUUCUCGUGUUGUCACGCUGGCCGCGCGUGUCCUCGGCAUCCUCAUCUACGUCGAAUACACGGCCAUGCUGAUCUCGAUGUUGACGGUGGUGAAGACAGGCCCCGAGGUCAGCUCUAUGGAGGAGUUUGUCGCCCGGAGCGACUGGUCGCUGCUCAUCCGGUCGGGCGUGGCCUACACUAACGAUUGGAAGAUGAGCGAGGAGGCCUCGCUGAGAAUACUCUAUGAGCGCAUUCAGACCGGACAACAAAUCAAGACACUGACCCCGGCGACAGUGGAACAGAUGUUUGAUCCGAAGACGGUGACCUCUUUCAACCGUAUUCAGGCCUUUUUCAAAUUCGGAUCGCGAGCCUGUGAUCUGUUCUCUCUGCCGUUGAGAUCAACUUCCAGCCCAACUCGUCUCUCCCAGCCAGAGACAGGUCGACUGGAGCCAGUUUUUCUCGUCAUGCGGAAACACAUGAAGCUCAAACCAGACAUAGACCGCGCAAUGCAGAAUAUGUACCAGACUGGAGUGAUCGACGGCCUGUUCAAUCGCUGGUUUCCAAAUGUCACCAAUGAAGCAUGCAGCUCAUCUGUGGAAGUCCGACCGCUGGAGGUUGAUGACCUCAUUGGAAUACUUAGCAUAGUUCCAGCUGGAGUCGUGAUCAGCUUGGGGGUACUGUGCCUGGAAUAUCUGACCGCGUACCUCGUGAAGGGCACCGGAACUCAUCGACGACGCGCGAAGCGAGAUAUUGCCAAGCACAACCAGCACCAAAUGAUGGGGUUUUUAUCGCCAGCACCAGACACUGACUUGUCCGAACGAUGAUGGGCUGGAUCACCAGCACAAGGGACCGGACAAGCUAUGCAGUUUCAUCCCGUUUGCACAGUUCAGGGCUGUCGACUACACGAUAUACUGCAUGCCACAUCACAUGCUUUAUCCAGGGUGCCCGCUUUAGAAACUGAGCGCGUAUUCUAAUUCUGGAUGUGCUUACUUACAAGCUAACAGUUGCGGCGACACAUUCUAAUU